AUGUUUGGUACGAAUCGACCAACCUUUGGCGGCGCAGCGCAACCGUUUGGUUCAACGGCAUCUCCAUUCGGGUCGCAACAACAACAGCCACAACAGCCGCAGGGGACGACGUUUGGUAUGAAUAACGCUCAAUCUGGAUUCGGUGGAUUCGGUGCAGGUUCCAAUGCGGCGGCAACUGGAAAUCAGGGCAGUAAUCUUUUUGGUAUGUCUACCAAUAAUAAUAAUACCUCGUCUUCGACGACUCCAUUCGGUAAGGCAGUGACUGGCGGUGUUUCUGCUAGUAAUGCGAAUAGUGGUAACACGGCAUCUUUAUUUGGUGCUGGUGGGAUGGGUACUAACUUGAAUUCAUCAUCUUCAUCAGGUACAGCAGUGGCACCUUUUUCUGCGUAUCAAGAAAAAGAUGCAACAACUGGUGUUACAAACGUUUUUGAAAGCAUCACUUGUAUGCCUGAAUAUCGGAAUUUUUCGUUUGAAGAAUUAAGAUUUCAAGAUUAUCAAGCUGGACGUAUAAGAGCAAAUACUGGUAAUGUCACAGGAACUGUCUCUCCAUUUGGCACACAAAACUCCAAUACUAACACCGGAUUCGGUAUGAUAGGGAAUAACUCUUCAAAUCAACCUCAAUCUGCGGGUAGUGGUGGCCUUUUUGGUCAAAGGGCGGCGACUUCUGCUCAAAAUUCACCCUUUGGUUCUCUUUCAUCGAACAAUACAAACACGAGUUCUUUUGGUGGCGGAGCCGCCGGUGGGGCAUUUGGUUCUGCAAAUAACACUGCUACUAAUGCAUUCGGCAGUACUGCAAAUAAUAACAAUUCUCCAUUUGGAAUGAACAAGCCAGCCACAAAUGCAACUGGUGGGACAGGAUUAUUUGGUAACAACAAUCAAAGAACAGCAUCUGGUGGUUUGUUUGGACAACCAAACGCAGCAGGUAAUACAGGAGGUUUUGGGGCAGCCAAUAAUGCUUUUGGUGGCGCCGCAAAUACUAAUACUAAUACUGGCUUAUUUGGGCAAAGUAAUCAGCAAACUGGAGGCGCAGGAUUAUUUGGUAAUCAGCAAUCAGGCACCUUCGGUCAAAAUAAUACAAAUCAACCAUCAAACACUGGUGGGUUAUUUGGACAACAGCAAAACAAUGCAGGUCUCUUUGGACAGCAGAAUAAUCAAACUUCUGGUGGAUUAUUCGGUAAUAAACCAGCAAAUGGUGGUCUUUUCGGUCAAAGCGGCAGUGCUUUUGGUCAGAAUAAUGGCACUACUAAUACACAAAAUGGCGGACUAUUUGGACAAAGCAACAAUCAACAAGCAGCAGGGAACUCAGGAGGAUUAUUUGGACAAAAUAAUACUCAACAAACUGGUGGUGGAUUAUUUGGCCAAAGCAAUACUCAAAAUCAAACUGGCGGUGGUCUAUUUGGGCAAAAUAAUACUCAGCAAAGUGGAGGAGGAGGUCUUUUUGGACAAAAUAAUGCCAAUCAACAAUCUGGUGGUCUGUUCGGCCAGAACAGUAACACUUUUGGUCAGUCGCAACAACCAAAUGCACAACCAAAUACUACAUCCACUGGUUUAUUUGGGAACAAACCUGCUACAGGUGGGUUGUUUGGUCAAAACAGCAAUGGGUUUGGCCAAAACAGCACUGAUACAGGUAAUGGCUUGUUCGGGCAAAAUUCAAAUCAACAAAAUAGCGGAGGUCUCUUUGGGCAAACACAGCAACCGCAAACAGGCGGAUUGUUUGGUCAAAAUAAUCAGCAGCAAACUGGUGGCUUGUUUGGUCAGAGUAACAAUAAUCAACAAACUGGUGGUUUAUUUGGUGCAAAACCUGCUACUACGACAAGUACUGGUUUGUUCGGAAAUUCGCAACCAGCUCCGCAAUCUGGCGGCCUUUUUGGUCAAAACAAUAGCGCGCUCGGACAGCAACAACAACAGCAACAACCACAAGGGAGCUCCUUAUUUGGUCAGACUAAUCAGCAACCAGGAGGAUUAUUCGGUUCCAAACCUGCAGCAAAUACUGGAGGUGGACUUUUUGGCAAUAAUAAUACGACAAACGCUAGCCAAUCUGGUUUAGGCCAACCUUCUGGUGGAUUAUUUGGACAAAAACUAUCAAAUGGUGCCGGUGCUACAGGAGGUGGAUUAUUUGGUGCCAAUACUGCAAAUAACAAUUCAGUACAAACCGGUGGAGGGCUAUUUGGAAGUGGCAAUGCUAACAAUGCUACCAAUACUGCAGGUGGUGGUCUGUUCGGAGCUAAGCCGGUUGCUAAUACAGGAGUUGCGGGAGGUGGAUUGUUUGGUAGCAAUAAUAAUAACCAAAGCACCUCUACUGGUGUUUCUGGUGGAUUGUUUGGUUCAAAGCCUGCUGGAUCUACUGGAACUGGACUUGGUGGCGGAUUAUUCGGAAGCUCUGCAAAUAGUUCCAAUAACAACAGCGGCGGACUCUUUGGAAACAGAUCUCAACCCAAUAUGCCACAAUCGGGGUUGCAAUCUAGCUUUUCACAGCAGCAACAAUCACAGCCACAACAGCAGACGCAACUUUUGGGGGCAAAUGUGUAUGGAACUAAUGAACUUUUCUCUAGAGUGGCUGUCCCUAAUUCAAUCACUCAGUCUGAGAAGCCAAGCGCUACUGAAAUCGGUGCAGAUUUGAAAAGGAAGGCUAGUCUUACAGCAGCUUACAGAUUGGCACCCAAACCAUUAUUCAAAACAAAAAAUCUAUCGGACAAUUUUACUGGAAGAUUUGACAGUGUUGGCGCUAGCCAGUCUCGUAGCUCUUCAUCAUCCUCGAGUACAGACUCAAUUGGCAAAGAAAUUGUUCCUGUUGAGAGCAGUAACACUUUAUUUUCUCCCGAUACUGACGAUGCUAUUUUGUCUGCUGAUAAAUUGCUGUUUAAUCCAGACAAAAAGUCGUUCAAAAAUCUCAUAAUUAAUAAGAAGAAGAUGGAAGAAAGUGUAAGCCAAGCGGGCCAUUCUUCAGAGAUAAAAAGGAUCACUUUCAAUCCCGGAAACGAGUCAACGGACAGCAUACCAAAAACAACAGAAUCCCAGAAAGACUCUUCGAUCUUUACUCAAAUCGACGAAAGCCCAAUAGCUGCUAAGGAUACAAAAGGCAUAAAUAUCAACAUCAAUGGAUUAUCAGCUUCUCCAUCCACCAAAUCAUCCUCAGAACUAGCUGAAAAAUCUUUAGAAUCUUCAAAUAGACCGCGUGGAAUAUAUGGGGAUGAUAUAUCAUUUACUGAUGAUGGAUAUUACAUCUCGCCAUCUUUGGACACGUUAGCGUCAAAAACCUUACCACAAUUGCGUAGAGUGUCGGGUUUGGUUGUGGGUCAUAAAGAUUAUGGUAAGAUUGAAUUUUUGGAGCCUGUGGAUUUAUCGAAUAUUCCUCUACCCCUACUUUGUGGUUCCAUUAUUGUUUUCGAACCAAAGUCGUGUAUCGUGUAUCCAAAUUCAUCUCAAAGUCCAAAGGAAGGGCAAGGCAUUAAUGUCCGUGCAAGAAUAAGCUGUUAUAAAUGCUACCCAGCUGACAAAGUCACCAGAGCACCUAUUAAAGAUGCCAAUCAUCAGCUUGUCAAGAGACACAUAGCUAAACUGAAGAAAUUGCCUCAUGCUAAAUUCGAAAGUUAUGAUCCAGUUUCUGGUUGUUGGACAUUUGUUGUUGACCACCCAGUUAGUGGUUAA